AUGGAGGUCUACUCUGAGGUCCAGUUGGAGGAAGAUAGAUCAAGAGCUAUGAAUGGUUCUGUUGUUGCCACUAUAGAGUUAGCUGUGUUUGGGGUGAAAUCCUCUGGAUCGGAAUGGAAAAACACCUCCAAUACAAAUACAAAUGUUCCUGUUCUACCUAGUCUUGAAUCUAGUCCAGAUAUCCUGGUGUCUGUUCUCCUUACUAAACAGAUGCCCAAGAUAACAUACUAUAGGAAGAAUCUCAUAAAGGAAACCUCUGUUGUCCCAUCAAAAGCUGUCCAAGAAUCGGUACCAGCAUCAGCUCAAGUUCAAGAUCCUGUUGUUUCAGAUAAUGACGAUGAGAACCUGCCACAGGAGUCCGAGCAAAGUAAGUACCCUGAUACUGAAAAGUGGUUGGAGAAAACUGACGAUUAUGAUACCACUCUUGAUAUGUCAAUCGUUCUAUGGAAAGGAACCAGGUCAUGCAUCAAGUACCUUAUGCAUAGCUUUCUGACCUACAGUAGUUUGUCUCCUAGUUUUAAAGCCUUUACUACCCAACUGGAUGCUCUAGCAAUACCUACUAGUGUGCACACAGCAAUGGAAGUUCUUGAGUGGAAAGCGGUGGUUAUGGAAGAAAUGAAAGCCCUCGAAGUAAAUAAAACUUUGGAUCUAAUGGCCUUUUCUAAAGGUCACAAAAUAGCUUGA